AUGCAGUUCCUUGAAGAUCGGAUGUCUGUCCUCUCGCAGCUCUUUGAACGCUACCCUAGGGCGCUGACGACCGCAGCCACAAUCCUUGUCGUAGUCGGCGCACCAACUGCUUUCCUCCUAUACCAACACAGCCGGCUGGGCAGCAAGGUCCGGCAUUCUGCGUCAAGAGGAUCACUGGCAGACCUACCGCUUCAAGACGUCAAAUCGAUGCCGGAAUCUGUCCAGGACAAGGACGCUGCAAGCAAAACCCGCGCUGUUUACGAUGUAGCUUCACUCUCUACCCUGGGCAUUAAUAUAUCCCCAUCACUGGCUGAGGAGGAGAUACUUACCCGGUAUUUGCGACGAAAUAUGACGGCUUUCUCGCGUUUUCCCCAAGCAUAUGCUUUAAGCCUUAAUUGUGAUCAGUCUUCGCGCAAGACCUUCAAGGCGUCUCACAUUCAAGCGCUCAAUUUCGAGCCAGGCGAUGUUGUUUGCGGUGCAUACACUGUAGUGUGCCGAGAGCAAGAUAGGGUCGAGUUUGGGAUGGCACUCAAUCAAAUUCGUGGUCGACUGGUGACCACACUUGAAAGAAACGACGGCCAGAUUACUUUCAAGACACAAACCGUGAUGUGGCAGCCCAGCGACGUGAAGGCUCCGAUGCCCUUGGAAAACCCGGUCCUGAAGUUUGCUCAUGAGAUUACAUCUUGGUGGAUGCUUGAGGCUGGUAUCCUGUAUCUCACAGACUAUACUUCUGUUUGA